GCCUCGCGCUUCACAUGAGACUGUAUAAAGCGCAGCGAACUAUUACAGGAAGUAGAGCUGAGGGCGUUCUUUCCGGCUCCGGUCUCUCAGCAAGAGUAAAGAUGUUGAUGCCCAAGAAGAACCGCAUUGCUAUCUAUGAGCUCCUCUUCAAAGAGGGCGUCAUGGUGGCCAAAAAAGAUGUGCAUCUCGCGAAACAUCCAGAGCUCGCUGACAAAAACGUACCCAACCUUCACGUGAUGAAGGCCAUGCAGUCUCUGAAGUCAUGCGGGUACGUCAAAGAGCAGUUUGCUUGGCGCCAUUUCUACUGGUACCUGACCAGACCCCGUCCCAAGGGUCUUGAGGGAGAGAGACCGGCUCGUCUGGCCCGUGGCGAGGGAGACAGAGAUGCUUACAGACGUUCUGCAGCUCCGCCUGGUGCAGACAAGAAGGCUGAGGCUGGUGCAGGUGCUGCCACAGAAUUCCAGUUUAGAGGUGGUUUUGGCCGUGGCCGAGGACAACAGCCACAGUAAUUUUCCACAUGAUCUGUACAAUAAAGGUUCAAAAGUG